UCGCUGUGCUCCUAUAAAUAGAGACAUUUUCCUAUUUACUUUUCUCCAACCAAUUUCUUCAUCGUUCUCAUAUCACCGAUCGCUCGUUCUCUAUUUUUGUAAAUUCCAAUCUCAAACGACUGCGUUUCUUGAUUACUUGUAUCUUCAAAUUUGGAAUUAUGGCAGAACAAAACGUCAAUUUGCAGCAACAGAUGGCUAAGGAAAAUGAAGAGAGGCUAAAGUACUUGGAAUUUGUGCAAGUCGCAGCACUUCAUGCGGUGAUGACCUUCGCAAACCUUUAUGUUUAUGCUAAGGACAAAGCUGGUCCAUUGAAGCCUGGUGUUGAGACUGUUGAGGGUACAGUUAAGAGUGUUGUUGGACCUGUUUAUGACAAGUUCCAUGAUGUUCCCAUUGAGGUCCUUAAGUUUGUUGAUCGCAAGGUUGACGAAUCCGUUACAAAACUGGAUCGCCGUGUGCCUCCAGUUGUCAAGCAGGUGUCUGCCCAAGCAUAUUCAGUAGCUAGAGAGGCCCCGGUGGCUGCUCGAGCUGUAGCUUCUGAAGUGCAGCGUACUGGUGUGAAGGAAACUGCGUCUGGAUUGGCAAAAACUUUGUACGCUAUGUAUGAACCCAAGGCCAAGGAGCUCUACUCUAAAUAUGAGCCAAAAGCAGAGCAAUGUGCUGUGUCAGCCUGGCGCAAGCUGAAUCAGCUACCGCUCUUUCCUCAAGUUGCUCAGGUUUUUGUGCCAACUGCAGCUUAUUGUUCUGAAAAGUAUAACCAAACAGUAGUUAGCACUGCCGAGAAAGGGUACAGGGUGUCCUCGUAUUUGCCUUUGGUACCCACUCAGAAAAUUGCUCAAGUGUUCAGGAAUGAGGUGCCUGAAUCUGCUCCCAUAGCCUCCAGCUGAUCGACACGCAUGCUGAUGAUGUGUUUUUAAAGUUCAAAGUUUAAUUGCAGAGUGCUUUUUUUCUUUCAUUUAUGGCUUUCUUCCUAUAUACAGAAAGAAAAAAAAAAAUGUUUGGACAGCAUGUUAAUGAUAUGGUCUGAAGUUUAAAGUUUGUAAUGUGAGUUCUAAAUGUAGUGAUUUUCGUAUCCUAUUCAAGUUCAUUAUUAUUAUUAAUAAUAUUUUUUCAUGUAUGUAUUAUA